GCUCCUCGAAAGGCCGGGAGGACGUCAUAGCCGCGCUGUGGAGGCUCCAGCCCGCCCCUCUUUUCUUCGCAGUGAAUCGGCUGCGCCCGGGACAGCGCGCACCGACGCUCAAACGCGCGCUCCACCCGGUAGCCUCCUCCUGCCUCAGGCCCGAAAAUGGCGGCUCUCAAACUCCUCUCCUCUGGCCUUCGGCUCUGCGCCUCUGCCCGCGGAUCUAGGGAAGCCUGGUACAAGGGAUGUGUUUGUUCCUUUUCCACCAGUGCUCAUCGCCAUACCAAGUUUUAUACAGAUCCAGUAGAAGCUGUAAAAGACAUUCCUGAUGGUGCAACGGUUUUGGUUGGUGGUUUUGGGCUAUGUGGAAUUCCAGAGAAUCUUAUAGGUGCUUUACUGAAAACUGGAGUAAAAGGACUGACUGCAGUCAGCAACAACGCAGGGGUUGACAAUUUUGCUUUGGGGCUUUUGCUUCGGUCCAAGCAGAUGAAACGCAUGAUCUCUUCAUAUGUGGGAGAAAAUGCAGAAUUUGAACGACAGUACUUAUCUGGUGAAUUAGAAGUGGAGCUGACACCACAGGGCACACUUGCGGAGAGGAUCCGUGCGGGCGGAGCUGGAGUUCCUGCAUUUUACACCCCCACAGGGUAUGGGACCUUGGUACAAGAAGAUGGUGGUGUAACAUGGCUAGUACUUGAAAACUUUGAAGAGUCCUUAAGUGAUGCUGUUUGCAGCCCUUCAGUCCUGUUCGACACCUCCAAAGGAAAUGAGCCAUGGACAUUGGCAACAAGUGACUACCAGGUCACAGUGAAGCACAGACUUUGAUCAAAUUCUAGUUCU